UUCCCAUCUUCCCUCCCUGCUCCGGUUGCGUUCCUGCUCUCGCAGAGCCCCAAAAGGAUGUGAACUUUGGAAUGGGGUCUGGGAGCAGGCUGCGGACUCGCUGUGUGUGUGAGACUGUUGCUGACUGACAGGGGGACUGGCCUGGUUGUUAACCUCUUGGGGAUAUCCAUAACUGUCCUCUUCACCCUGCUCCUGGUGUUCAUCAUUGUGCCAGCCAUUUUUGGGGUCUCCUUUGGCAUCCGCAAGGUUUACAUGAAAACCUUAUUAAAGAUCUUUCAGUGGGCAACACUGAGAAUAGAGCGUGGUGCCAAGGAGAAGAACCAUCCGUUAUACAAGCCCUAUGUCAAUGGUAUCAUUGCAAAGGAGCCAACAUCACUGGAAGAGGAGAUCAAGGAGCUCCGCCGGAGCGGCAGCGGCAAAUCCCUGGAUACCCCCGAGUUUGAGCUCUCAGAUAUCUUCUACUUCUGCCGCAAAGGCAUCGAGACCAUCAUGGAUGAUGAAGUGACCAAAAGGUUCUCAGCUGAAGAGCUGGAAUCCUGGAAUCUGCUCAGCAGGACCAACUACAACUUCCAGUACAUCAGCCUGCGCCUCACUGUGCUCUGGGGUCUGGGUGUGCUGAUCCGUUACUGCUUCCUUCUGCCCCUCAGGAUAGCCCUGGCGUUCACUGGCAUCAGCUUGUUGGUGACUGGUACUACAGUGGUGGGGUAUUUGCCAAAUGGAAGGUGUAAAGAGUUCCUGAGCAAGCACGUCCACCUGAUGUGUUACCGGAUCUGUGUGCGUGCCCUCACAGCCAUCAUCACCUACCAUGACCGAGAAAACAGACCCCGCAACGGAGGCAUCUGCGUGGCAAAUCACACCUCUCCCAUCGACGUGAUCAUCCUGGCCAGCGAUGGCUACUACGCCAUGGUGGGUCAGAUCCACGGGGGGCUCAUGGGGGUGAUACAGAGAGCCAUGGUCAAGGCCUGUCCCCACGUCUGGUUUGAGCGCUCUGAGGUCAAAGAUCGUCACCUCGUCGCAAAAAGGCUCACAGAGCACGUCCAGGACAAGAGCAAGCUGCCCAUCCUUAUCUUCCCAGAAGGGACCUGCAUCAACAACACAUCCGUGAUGAUGUUCAAAAAGGGGAGCUUUGAGAUUGGAGCCACGGUUUACCCUGUAGCCAUCAAGUAUGACCCGCAGUUUGGAGAUGCCUUUUGGAACAGCAGCAAGUAUGGCAUGGUGACCUACCUCCUGAGGAUGAUGACCAGCUGGGCCAUCGUCUGCAGUGUCUGGUACUUGCCUCCGAUGACCAGGCAGCCUGAAGAAGAUGCUGUCCAGUUUGCCAACCGAGUGAAGUCAGCCAUUGCCAGGCAGGGGGGCCUCGUGGAUCUGCUCUGGGAUGGAGGCCUGAAGAGGGAGAAGGUGAAGGACACGUUCAAGGAGGAGCAGCAGAAGCUCUACAGCAAAAUGAUUGUAGGGAACCACGAAGACCGGAGCCGCUCCUGAGCCCUCCCCUCCAACGCUGCUCCUGGGCCUGGCCAGAGCCCUCUGCCUCGAGCACGAGCCAGGGCUCGCCUGAAGCAGCUCUGCAUCGUUGGACUUUGGCUGCUCGGACUCGCUCCUGCAUCCUCUGGCUGUGCUUUCCCAGAGGCACCAUUACUGCUGCCUGGAGCCCCGGCGCCCUGGGCAGCUCGUGGCAAAGAUGCCUUCUUGUUACUGUUACAGUGAAGCCCCUUGAGGGGGCCAGUAUUAAAUGAAACACUUCUGGGGUC